UACGGCAAAUUAAGAUGAGUGCUUGCGAACAAGUUGAGUCGUACGGUUUGUUAGUUAACGUUUAACGGAAAAACGUCGAAUGUUGUCGGUAUGAAAUAAGAAAAAAAUAAAAAAAAAUUAUACACAAAAAGGAAAUAAUAAUAAUAAAAAAAAAGAAACAACAACAGUGUAAUACAUACACGGCGGAAUACCCACACAAAAUAUACAACUUUACAAACGGGUCGAGUGACGGCUUACAAAAUAAAAAGUAGUGUGUGUCUGUGUUUUUUUAUUAUUAUUAAUAAAUAAAUUUAUUUAUUUGCUUGAUUGUCAAUUCAAUUUAUUAUAAAAAUUACAAUAUUUUCUUAAAGUGUAUACCAAAAAAAAAAUAUUGAAAAAAGAAGUUGGAAAAUUUAUUAAAAAAAAGUUUCUUUCAAAAUACAAAGUGCGUAACAUAGCGAAAGAAGAAGAAGAAGAAGCAGAAAAAAAGUAUGUGUAUUUUUUUCUUAUGUAUAGAAAAAUAAAAGAAGAGCAAAAUUGAAAACAACAAAAAAUACUCACACGCAUUAAUUUUUUUCAUUCCUACAUGAAAGUGUUUGUUUGUGUGUGUAUGUUUUAAUCGGCUGUACCCUUUUCUCAAAAUCGAUGUAAACACGAGACAAAAGUAAAUUACAGAAAAAAAAUUACAGUGUUUUUCUUUUUCAAAUAAUAAAUAAAUAAAAAGUAUUUGUAGGAAAAAAAAUACCGGUCGUGUUUUACUAAAAAAAAGAAAAUAAUACAUUAAACAGACAAGUCUAGCUUUUGCUUCCAUUUUUUUCUACGUUUUAAACAAAAAAUAAAUAUUUCUUGACGCGUUGUGUGCCGACAAAUUUAAUUAUUUUAUAUUAUUUAUAUGCCGCAACUAGUAUAAUAACCAACAAUAAAGUGCAAACAAGAAAAAAUUCCUAAAGAAAAUUAAAAAUCUAAAUAUUGAAAAAAAAAUAAUUAAACAAAUAAAUUGUGUAUAACUAAAAAAAAGGCAACAAAAAUAAACCACAACAACUACAACUCAAAUUUUUUUUGAAAAAAGCUUAAAAUUACGUGGCAUUGUUUUUCCCACUGAAGAAAAAUCGAAAUAAAGUGUGAAAAAUUCAAUCGAAUAGAAAAAUUUUGAUGAUAAUAAAUAAAAUCCUUUAAACACAAUUUAACUAAAAUUAUUUUGCAACUAAAACGUAAGACGUGUCUAUUAACAACAUUGGCAAUUUAUUUCCAACACAUUGUGGUCUAUGAAAGCAAAAAUUAUAUAGUAAAUAAUAUAUAAAUAUUAUAUAUUGUCUAUAUAAUCCAUAUUAAAUACAUAAGAAAAAUUACUAUUAUUAUCAUCAUCACACAACAAACAACUAAGAAAUAAACAACAUGUUGUCAACCACAACUGCUGCUACUAUAUCAUCCAAGAAAACAACCAGAACAACAACUAAAAUGAUGAUGAUGACCAAAUGUCAUCGUCCACAACGUUGUCAAAUACAAUACCAUAACGGUAGAUCAUCGUUGCCAUCAUCAUUGUUAUUAUCAUUAAAAUCAUCAUCAUUAUCGUCAUUAACAUCAUCACCAUCAUCCUUUUAUGGCCUUAACAAAUGGCUUUGGACUGCUGUACUAUUUGGAUUAUUAAUAGUAACUGCUAGUGCUAUAGAUGAGAAUUCUAAACUUUCACCAGCCUCAACAGUAUCAUCGAGUCUAUCACCGAGAGAUGAAAUUUACAUUGAUGAUGAAGGUCUUGAUGGCUCCGGACGUGGUGGGUUACACGAUGAUUAGAAAAAGAUCACGAUUUUUCUGGUUCCGGUUUUGGUCCCGAUGACGAGGAUUCCGAUAGUGAUUAUCAUCACAAUACGCAUAAACAUCAAACGGGUAAAUCAAUAUAAAUAAGAAUAUUAUGACAACGAUUUCAUAACCACAAGUAGAAAUAAUCAAAAUCAAAACAAUAUUCAUCAAACAUCAUCAAAUAGCGGCAUCAAUAAUAAUAACAAUAAUCAAGGGAAUACAGGCUUCAUCAGUUCCGGUGGUAGUUCGGCAACAAGUGGUAACACUGGCCUUAAUACAAUCG